UGAUAAACGAUAGUUGAGACUUUUGAUACAGAUAUCUAAGAUACGAGCGCACGUUAGCUAAGGCCAUAUCGGCUUAAAACGCACCGUAUUCAUUCAUGGCUUCGUCGGAGCCACUCGACCUGGUUGUUACCGUCGUCUCUGCCAAGCACCUGAAGAAUGUCAACUGGCGUAACGGUGACCUGAAACCCUACGUUGUUCUCUACCUUGACCAAGACCACCCUCACUCCACCCGCUCCGAUGAUUCCGCCUCCAUCAAACCGGUGUGGAACGAGCGGAUCACUCUUCCUCUCACCCGAUCCGUCCACGAAUCGGUCCUCAACAUCGAGAUUUUUCAUUCCAAUUCCUCGGAUCUGGCGAAAACCCUCGUCGGAUCGGUUAGGUUUCCUCUAGCUCGCUUGAUUGACUCGGAUGGGUCAAUGAUUCCGGAAUCGAUCAAUUCGCUUGAGCUGGUCCGUCCAUCGGGUCGGCCACAGGGGAAGAUUCGCUUGAAGCUCGCGAUCAAAGAGAGACCAAUCCCUCCACCGCAGCAUCCUCCGCCACGUCCUCAAUCUCAACCACUAGAUUACUACUCUGCCCCUCAAGGAAACCAUUAUUACUCUCCUACCCCUCCUCCUCCUCAAGCUCCGAUCACCUCUCCGUCUCCUCAGCGUGACUACAGAGAAUUCUCACAGUCACCGUCUCCGUCUCCUUACGCAUUCACUGAUCAUUACUAUUCCGGGUAUUAUUAUCCGCCGCCUCCACCACGUUCAAUGUACGAUCGUGCCUCCAAUUACGGCCUCCCAAGUGGCCCAUCUGCUCCCGUCGAUGCCUUCUCAUCGAUUGAUCACAAGCAGCCUCCUUUAGCCCCUCCUCGGUUUUCCAAUUACGGUCCACCGCCUAGUGGGCCAUCAGCUCCCGUUGAUGCCUUUCCGGGUAACGAGUACAAGCCACAGGCUCCUCCUAUAGGCUCGCGAUUGUCUAGCUACGGAGUGCCUAAUGGUCCAUCGGCGCCAGUCGAUUACUCACCUUAUGAUCACAGGCAGUUACAGAAGACGAUGGGUGGAUUGAGCUUGGAAGAAGAGAGAGCUGCCGCAGAGAGGUCUGAGAGUGAUUUCGGAGCUAGGCCAAACUACAGCUAUGGCCGCGAUUAUCGCCGUGAAUGUUGAUGAUGGAAAAAGUUGUUGACUUUCAUAAGUGUGUGGCCUUUAUAAGGCUUUACUUAUCAUCAGAUUUACCAUCCAUGUUGGUGUUUGUAGAUCACCAAGAAAUGGCUGGUGAAAAAAAUAUGAAUUUGGUGAAGACAGUAUAUCUUUAUGUCUAUAUGUAUUUCUCGUUUGUGAAUUGAUUUGCUUCUUUCUAGCUGCUAUUCUGUUUAUGUAUGUGUACCUUUGUACAUGCUUCUAAAACAUCUCUGAUUUCUUUCCUUCUUUCAA